GUCAAAAGUCCACAAUUCAGUGAAAAAGUUGUUAUCAUUUUGAGGAUAAUUCUUGUGAUCAAAGGAGACGACAAUCCAUGGGUUCCUUAAGAAUACUCGUCGGCUGUAAGCGAGUCAUCGAUUACGCCGUGAAGAUUCGUGUCAAACCGGACAAGAGGGGAGUGAUCACCGAAGGGGUCAAACACUCGCUGAAUCCGUUCGACGAGAUCGCCGUCGAGGAGGCGGUGCGGCUGAAGGAGAAGAAGUUGGCCGCAGAGAUAGUGGCCGUAAGUGUGGGCCCGCAGUCGUGUCAGGAGACCCUCCGCACGGCGCUGGCGAUGGGCGCCGACCGGGCCAUCCAUGUGGACGUCGACGACAAGACCUACGAAACCCUACAACCGAUACACGCCAUUGUCGUCGACUACAUCCGGCCCUCCAUUUUCGGGUCAGUCGUCGCGAAGUUGAUGGUCGCCUACGUAUACAUGCUGUCCAUCGCAGCACUGGCCGGCCUUUUCUACUUCAACUACACGGACGUGGGCUUAGGUGUGGCCAUCAGAAUGGCCGCUAAAAUAUGA